UAUUGCGAAUCGUCAAACGGUAGUCGGUAUGUUAUUUCGGGUGAAAGAUUAAUCUCCGUGUAGAAUCUAGUUUGACCCCAAACCAAAAAUGUUGCCCGUUUGUUAAACCUCUGAAACCUGAGCCCUGUAUCUUCUUCUUACUCUCUCCCCCUCUCGAUGAUAAGGCAGCCAUGUCGCAAAGGAAAGGCAAGCUAGUGGAGCAGGUGAAGCAAUUUGCAGAUGCGCAAUACAAAAACUUCACUCGCGAUUAUGGCCAGCAAGUUAUUGAUAUUUUUGAAUUCCCCUUAAGGCUCGUUCUUUCUCCUUUCACCAUUGCUUAUGGCAUUGCUGGUUCUGCUCCUCGAGGGUUUGGUAUCCCCGAAUUCAUCUCUAAAGUUUCCUAUACCACCAUUUUUGCAGUUGCUACUCUUGGAACUUGGGAUAUUGCACUUGAGCUGGGGAAGAAAGUGAUAUGUCAGAGAGAUUGCCAAACUUGUAGUGGAUGGCAGGCAUUACGGUGUACUAUGUGCAGAGGCAGUGGGCAGGUACACUAUCAAGUGAAAAGUUACACGUUGAAGAGUGGAGAAAAACCAACUGCUGAAUCAGUUGCGGGUGCAAUAGCUAACGAUCAAGCUGAGCUGUUUCACCUUCCUUCAGCCAUUGAUAUGCAUACACCGUUGCCAUUAAAGGAGUGUCCCACUUGUGAUGGAACAGGUGUCAUGAAAUGUACCGAAUGUAAGAACAAAUUACAAAUCCGGAUCUCUGCUGAUGAUAUUAUGGAGCCUCCGUGGAAAGCCUAUAAUGUCUUAAAGAAAAUGGACUAUCCAUAUGAGCACAUUAUCAAUAGCAUGAAGGAUCCUAGCAUUGCUGCAUUUUGGCUUCUAACCAUGCCACAGAUUGUUGGUGGAUUCAACUUUGAUGAUGAAACCAAACAGAAAAUUUGGUGGCAAUACAAGGAGUCUAUGCGUUAUGAUCAAUUGCGAGAUGUAGUGGCUCAACGACAGCCUGGCUGGGAACAUUUGCAACAAGCCCUAGUCACACUUGAUCCUGCCCGGGCUCGAGAUGACCCUGUCAUAGUGAAAAAUGUUCCUUAUUACAAGGCCAAAAAAGCACUAGAGAUGGAAGUUUUGAAGCUUGAUCCUCCCCCACGACCAAAAAAUUGGGGUGAAUUGAAUCUUCCAUUAGAUACAUCUUCUUGGAGCAAGGAUGACCUAAAAGAUCCUAAGAAGAUGGAUGAAAUGAAGCUUCUUCUCAAUGCUCAAAAGGAAAUUGCUGAAAAAUUUUUGGACGCACAGUGGGAGGCCAAAUGGCGUCAUAAUAAGUUGAAUGAGAUGCUGGAAGAGAAGGUACAACCAUACAUUCAGAAUGUUGACACUCUCUCUCAACCAAUCAUCAUGCAUCCGCCGGCUGAGGAUAAAAAGAGGAAUUCAAGGCAGCGUAGAUGGUGGUUCUUUUGAAGAAAGACUAUAAGGAGGUGUUGUAUUUGGCUUCUGAAGUCUGUUAUAAUAAGUGUACAUGUCACUCAGUUACCUAUAGUUUUGGUUAGUCUUGUUAGAAUUACUCCCUUUUUGUUUCUUCCAAGCUUUUUUUCAGGGUGAUGGUGGUUGAAUUCUGUAUGAAGCUUUUUUAUUCAGGAUUUCUGGCAAUUUUAUUUGUGGCCCUGUAAUUCCAAGUAUUUAAGGAAGACUGGUUUAAAACCUGGUAAAAUCUUUGAGCUAGA